GUGCUUGGAGGGGACAGUCACAGCACACUGAAAACACUGCAGUCAAGAGUCCCAGACAGGAGUAGUAUGACUUACUACAGCAAUAAGACCAGCUAUUUACUUUGAUAUCAUAUAAGAACUGAACAGGCAAUUCUCUCUCGUUGUGUCACUGAAGACAGAGUUACAUGUUUAUCGUUUACGAGGACGUAUCGACCCUCAAUGAGGACAUUGGGCAUGGCUGUUUUCAAGCAACAGAGAGUAGAGGACUUCUAUGAGAUUGGUGAAGAGCUGGGGAGUGGCCAGUUUGCCAUCGUGAAGCGUGUCCGGGACAAGUGCUCGGGUCUGGAGUAUGCUGCCAAGUUUGUGAAGAAGUGUCAGAGCCGGGCCAGCAGGAGGGGAGUGAGGAGGGAAGACAUAGAGAGAGAGGUGGACAUCCUACAGCUGAUCACACAUCCCAACAUUGUAGCGUUGCAUGAUGUCUACGAGACCCGCACUGACGUGGUGCUCAUACUGGAACUGGUGUCUGGAGGAGAGCUGUUUGACUUCCUGGCUCAGAAGGAGUCUCUGAGCGAAGAGGAGGCUACCCAGUUCAUCAAACAGAUCCUGAACGGAGUCCAGUUCCUCCAUGGCAAGAGGAUAGCACACUUUGACCUCAAGCCUGAGAACAUCAUGCUGUUGGAUAAGAAUGUUGAUCUGCCGCGCAUCAAGCUCAUAGACUUUGGUCUGGCUCAUAAGAUGGAUCAGGUCGGGACGGACUUUAAAAAGAUCUUUGGGACACCUGAAUUUGUGGCUCCAGAAGUCGUCAACUAUGAGCCUCUGGGUUUAGAAGCAGACAUGUGGAGCAUCGGAGUCAUCACCUACAUACUUUUGAGUGGAGCGUCGCCGUUCCUUGGUGACUCGAAGCAGGAGACUCUAGGGAACAUCUCAGCCAUAGCCUACGAGUUCGAUGAUGAGUUGUUCAGCAGGACCAGUGAGCUGGCCAAAAGCUUUAUACGACAACUACUGGAGAAAGACACCAGAAAACGGUUGACAAUCCAUGGUGCUCUGAACCAUCCCUGGAUACAGCCGAUGGACUCCAGACAGGCCCUGGUAAAGAGACAGUCUGUGGUCAACCUGGAGAACUUCAGGAGACAAUACGCCCGACGCAGGUGGAAGCUUUCCUUCAGAAUUGUGUCUCUCUGUAACCAUUUAACUCGUAUGAUGAAGAAAGGUCAUCCCAAGCUGGCAGACCAGGACGAGAGGGACUGUGAGAGCGACCAGGAGACGGAGAUGAUCAUGAAGAAAAGACCCAGAACCAGGAAGAGAAGCAACACUUCCUGAAACUUGCCUGUCUUUUCUGAUUUGUUGAAUGUGUGUCUGUAGCACACACGAUUGGUCCAAAAGCAGUCACAGAGACUAAUUCAAAAACUGCUGUCCAUACAAUGUCUUUUAUAUGUUGCACAGCAUUCUAAAAACACAUUUUCUGGGGCAAUAGAUGAAACACGUUGAUAGUGUUUCCUAGAUAGUGUGAUUUCAGCGCCAACAGAAAUGGUAUUUGAAUCCCUGCCUUCUGUAAAGCUAUCUAGAUUGUAGAAAUGUACAUGUGAUAGGGGACAGGUUACAAGGUACAGGUUAGGAUAGGGGACAGGAUAGGGUACAGGUUAGGGUACAGGUUAGGAUAGGGUACAGGUUAGGAUAGGGUACAGGUUAGGAUAGGGUACAGGUUAGGGUUACAGUGGACAGGUUAGGGUUACAGGUUAGGAUAGGGGACAAGUUAGGGUACAGGUUAGGAUAGGGUACAGGUUAGGAUAGGGUACAGGUUAGGAUAGGGUACAGGUUAGGAUAAGGUACAGGUUAGGAUACGGGACCGGUUAGGAUAAGGUACAGGUUAGGAUAGGGGACCGGUUAGGAUAGGGGACAGGUUAGGAUAGUGGACAGGUUAGGGUUAUAGGGUACAGGUUAGGACAGGGUACAGGUUAGGGUACAGGUUAGGGUUACAGUUGACAGGUUAGGGUUACAGUGGACAGGUUAGGGUUACAGGGUAACGGUUAGGGUUACAGGGUACAGGUUAGGGUUAGGGUUAGGGUUACAGUGGACAGGUUAGGGUUACAGUGGACAGGUUAGGGUUACAGUGGACAGGUUAGGGUUACAGUUGACAGGUUAGGGUUACAGGGUACAGAUUAGGGUUACAGGGUACAGGUUAGGCUGCGGGUUAGGGUUACAGUUGACAGGUUAGGGUUACAGUGGACAGGUUAGGGUUACAGUGGACAGGUUAGGGUUACAGUGGACAGGUUAGGGUUAUGGUGGACAGGUUAGGGUUACAGCGUACAGGUUAGGGUUACAGUGGACAGGUUAGGGUUAGGGUUAGGGUUACAAUGGACAGGUUAGGGUUAGGGUUGCAGUUGACAGGUUAGGGUAUAUGUUGGGGUACAGGUUAGGUUUACAGUGGAAAGGAAGAGGACAGCUCACAGAUAAUUCAAUGUUGUUAUCUAAUUGUCUUAAAUAACCAACUUCCUCAUUCUGCUAUUGUCCUCAUAAUUGACUAACUUCCUCGCUCAGCUGUGGUCCUCAUAAAUGAACAACCUCCUCAUUCUGCUGUUGUCCUCAUUCUGCUGUUGUCCUCAUAAGUGACUAACUUCCUCAUUCUGCUGUUGUCCUCAUAAGAGACUAACUUCCUCAUUCUGCUGUUGUCCUCAUUCUGCUGUUGUCCUCAUAAGUGACUAACUUCCUCAUUCUGCUGUUGUCCUCAUAAGUGACUAACUUCCUCAUUCUGCUCUUGUCCUCAUAAGUGACUAACUUCCUCAUUCUGCUGUUGUCCUCAUUCUGCUGUAGUCCUCAUAAGUGACUAACUUCCUCAUUCUGCUGUUGUCCUCAUAAGAGACUAACUUCCUCAUUCUGCUCUUGUCCUCAUUCUGCUGUUGUACUCAUAAGAGACUAACUUCCUCAUUAUGCUGUUGUCCUCAUAAGUGACUAACUUCCUCAUUCUGCUGUUGUCCUCAUAAGAGACUAACUUCUUCAUUCUGCUGUUGUCCUCAUUCUGCUGUUGUUCUCAUAAGUGACUAACUUCCUCAUUCUGCUGUUGUCUUCAUAAGUGACUAACUUCAUCAUUCUGCUCUUGUCCUCAUUCUGCUGUUGUCCUCAUAAGUGACUAACUUCCUCAUUCUGCUGUUGUCCUCAUAAGUGACUAACUUCCUCAUUCUGCUCUUGUCCUCAUAAGAGACUAACUUCCUCAUUCUGCUCUUGUCCUCAUUCUGCUGUAGUCCUCAUAAGAGACUAAUUUCCUAAUUCUGCUGU